GUACAUCACGACACGCCUAUGAACAAUCAACUUCUCGGAAUCAUAGCAUCUUCCCGUCCACAAGGAUUUCCGCUUUAUUCACAAUCACUGAGAGGAGUUUAAGAAACCAGCGUAUAUACAGACAGACAGUCAGUCGGCAGAUUAGUGCAGAGAAAGACGCGCUCCACACUAAGCGGACAGUUUCAAGGACCCCGACGAAUAUUACAAAACACAAUGCUGCGUAUAGCAGAUAUAUUCUGUGUCGUCUUUUUAUUCCACUAUGGAUACUCCGUCCCUGUGUUGGAUGACAGUCGUGCUAUUGGUAGGAAGGAAGGUCAUUGUCCUAUGAUAUUACCAGAAUCCAUUGGGCAAUGUUCCAACAUGUGUGUAUACGACAGCGACUGUGAAGAUAACCGAAAGUGUUGUCUAAACGGAUGUGGCGGUACAAGCUGUAUACCACCACAAUCAGACCCAUGUGUUGGGUAUCAAUGUCCACGCCAGGGACAGGCUUGUGUUUCCCUUCUCACUCACGCUGUAUGUCUAUGUAACACACACUGCCCGGAUGUAUCGGAGCCUGUAUGUGGAUCGGACGGUAAUACCUACUCCAAUAAGUGCUAUUUGGACGCACAUGCCUGUGAGUUGGCUAUCAGUGUCGAUGUCGUUCCCUGCAACGAAGAGACGCUUUCCACUGACGCACCCCUCUCAACGGACUCGCCAUCUGGCCCACAGUGGCCGUUACCAGGAUACGACGAAGAUGACGAUGAUGAAGAAGACGACACUGAAGAUGACUCAUUCUGGUGGGACGAGAAGAAUGAUGAUAAUACAAACCAGGGGACAUCUACAGAGGACAAAGAAGGCGAUGACGAUUAUGAAGAUGUCAUACCGCCAGGAGCGCCAUCACUGGUUACUCAGCCUGGUGAAGUGAUCGCCUUUGUUGGUGACCCGGCGAAUAUUGAGUGUGACGUCAUCGGAAAUCCGGCUCCGUCCAAGUUCUGGCAGAAAGAUGACAAACCUAUGUUCCCCGGUCAGACAUAUGGCGAGAUAUUCGUUUCCGAGAAAGGUGUUUUACACUUCCCAAGUGCAGUCAAAGAAUACACCGGUAACUACGUAUGUAUGGCAGUAAAUACUGUCGGUAGCUUAGCGGCAGUGUACGCCCUCAAAGUUAUAGAACGCCCGGAUGAAUCUGAAGUAACGACUGAACCAGACACCCCCGCUUUGAACGCCGUGUGCUACGAACCUUUAGAGAAGGGGACAUGUCACCAUUACCAGGCUACAUGGUACUACAACCAGGAAACAAAAAUGUGCGAAGUAUUUGUCUAUGGCGGUUGUGAUGGCAACAAUAAUCGUUUUUCAUCGUAUGAGCAAUGUCGUGCAGCGUGCCCGUUGAUGCCCGAAAACCGAUGUCAGCAUCCGUUAGAAACUGGACCGUGCCGCGGCUAUUUCCGAAGAUGGGGAUGGGAUGCGACUAAAAAAGAAUGCGUUUCAUUUGUUUAUGGUGGCUGUCUUGGAAAUGAAAACAACUUUGAUGACCAAGAAAGCUGCACUGAUGCAUGUCAAGGAAAUGAAGUAACAAGCCAUGAAUCUAACCCAGAUACAAACAUACUAGACAUGAUUAUCAACGAUGAAUCACCAAAACAAGAAUACCCCAUACCGGAGAUUGUUGAAAUUAAAAAACCAGCCAUAGGAUCCAUUCAACUGACGUCUGUUAAUGACAAAGCUGUCUUGCCUGUCAGUGAGUAUACCGGGCCACGUGAAUGCGAUGACUGCGAGCCGGAAACCAGCUUACACGACAGUUUUUGUAGGAAAGACUUCGCUAUAUCUGGUAAAGUAACACAGUUACGAAGCGUCGAUGACACAAGUGUAAAAGUUACUAUCGCCAUCGACGGUAGAUAUAAGAACACCGGUCUUGAGAUGCCAGUGUCGGAUCAGGUCAUUGAGAUGUACCUGCGAACUGAGGCUGGGCGUGAUUGCCUCUGUCCCGCGGUCAGAUCAGAUGGAGAGUCAUAUAUAUUCAUGGGCCAGGCUGUGAAAGGUGCCGAUGGACGCGUACAUGGAGUCAUUGGGUCGUCUGGAUACCUCAGGACUCUGACUGACCAUCGUAGAGAUAAACUCAUGAAGCUUCGGCUGAAUCCAGUGUUCGAGUGUGAUGAAAAGUACAGUCCUUAUUUGUAGAUCGCCUCACCUGUAUUAGCAUGACGUGUGUAUGCCAAAGUAAAAUUCAAUAGUAUUUAUGCAAAUCACUUCUAUAUAGAGAUAUACUAUAGCAACACUAUGACGUGUAUUGUAUGCUCAAUUGUAUUUCGUUGCCAGUGAUAUAUUAGACUAGGUUACCAAAAAAAUUGCAUACCUUUUGGCUGUAUUUUUUUGACAAACCUCAAAUUUGUCACGACCUCCCUGUUCAUUGUGACCCUAUCGUCUUUUAUCAGCCCUGUGAGAGUUAAAGCGGGAGGGUCGUCACCUGCGCACGCGCAGGAAUUGAGUCCCAAGCGACGAUAACAACACACGCUAAAAACGCAAAGGCUCAUGGGUAGACGUUUGUUUGUAAACAAUGACACGCUAUGGCCAUCUUACGCAUGCGCAGGUGACGACUCCCCCGCUUUAAUAUCAACAGGACGAGGGAGGUUUCAACACACUUUGUGAUAUUGUAAAAUUGUACUAAUUCUAAGCAAUAUGUUGAAGGUCAUUACGAAUUUGUUUUGUGUAUCUUACGUUAGACAAAUUGCAGUUGGACUUAUGACGUCAGUUACUUUACGAGUACGUACUGCUCUUUUAUUUACUAGUUUCUGUAUAACUUUGUUUUUUCUAAAUAAUAAUCAAGAAAUGUUGGUUCGUAUGUAAAUAUUUAGAAUAGAAUAGAAUAGAAUAGAAUACAAAGAUAAGCAAGCAAAAGUAUAUAUAAUUAUUAUAUGGUUAGCGUAACUAUGGAAACGGCGGGGAUGUGCACGGCUAAUAUAUGAUGUCAUUCUAAAUUUGAUAGACACAUGAUGCUUCAUUUCUCAGAUUUAUUAAAGGGCGGGGUCGCCAUCUUUGUUUAUAUGAGAACCAUAUAUAUCGCGCAUGCGCUGCGCGUCGACUGCCGUCCUUUAGCAACUUUGCGCUCAGGUUCGCUCUUUACUUGGUUUUUGCCGAUAUGACCCCGUUGAUACAAAUUAUAACUUUGGUGUGUAACCUCAAUGUGAUGUGUCCGGAUAUUAUAUUAGUGCGCGAGCCUCGUUUUUCAGUGAAACUAGUGCAUUGUUAAUGAUAGUUAUGGCGCCACCAGCGACAAUAUGUGUAUAUCGUAUACUGGAUUACUGUAUGCAUACGUAUAGUAUAUAUCUUGCGUUUUUUUUGGUGGAAAUAUAAACACUAUCACUAUACUAUUUGGUGUUGAAUUGGAACAAAACAGGACUUUUUAUUGUUAGCAUUUUCCUUUCGAUAUUUUUGUGUCAAUAUGGCUCACUAUAAAUGACUACGUAUAUAUAACUCGUUUUGUUUUUGUUCUUUUAUGUUCGAAUAAAGUACUUUAAUCUGUA